AUGCUCCCGGUCGGACUUGUCCGCGGUGCCGUUGGUCAGCAAGUCACUGUGGAGCUGAAAAAUGGAAAGCACUGCACUGGCGUUUUAACUGGUGUUGAUCCGUGGAUGAACUUGAACUUGGAGAGCGCACGAGUAACUGGGGCUUCACGGGCCGCGACAACGGACUCGGUCGAGCAAGCGGCUUCCUAUGCUGCGCUCCAUAUCCGUGGAACAAUGAUCAAGCUCGUGCAACUUCCGAGCAAAAGCUGGGAGUAUGCACAGGAUGAGCGCAAGCCACGGCAGCUCCGCGAGUAG